UCAGCUAUUGGUAGGCGGGGCCUAAAGCAGGAAACCAUUACAGAAUGUCGGGCGUGACAAUACUGCGGAUUUUUCAGACGACUCUUGCUACCCGGUGCUGGACACCUUUGCUCUCAUCUGGGAUAGUAGGGCAUCAAACAUGGAAUUCACACCAGAGGAUGUAUUGUGAUGGAGUGCACAGCCUGGAAGUACAAAAAGCACAGCGCAAGGCCGCACUCAGAAAGGAAAAUCCAAACCCACCAUCUACAAUCUUUUCCAAGAUUAUUGAGAAAACUCAGCCUGCGGACAUCAUCUACGAAGAUGAGAAGUGCCUCGCUUUUCGAGAUGUGAACCCUCAGGCCCCAGUCCAUUUCCUUGUAAUUCCUAAAAGUCCCAUUCCUGGAAUUAGCCAUGUGAGAGCCGGCGACACAGAGCUCCUUGGACACUUGAUGGUCACGGCCAGCCUCCUAGCGCAGAAGGAGGGUCUAACAGAUGGAUACAGGAUUGUGAUUAAUGAUGGGAAGCAAGGGGCACAGUCUGUGUACCACCUCCAUCUGCAUGUGAUCGGAGGCCGGCAGAUGGGAUGGCCCCCCGGAUAGCAUCCAGAGCCUGUGUACCGCCAUCCAGGAGGCCUUCUCCAGCAUGGACAGUGGGAUAACUCAGGACAAUAAAACACCUACUCCCAGACCGGUCCUGUACGUGGAGGGUUAUCGGAGGAAAUUAUUAAAUAUUCUAACAGACAAAAACAUCAACUUGAACUAUUAAAAACAAAUGAUUAAAUGAA